CGCAGCAGGAAAGCUCACCCAUCUAUCAUCGAAUUAAGGGAAGUGGAUUGGGGGGCCUCGGCUUCAACCUCUUAUCGAACCUUGCUUCAAAAAGCACGUGGAAGUCGCAGUCGAUAGCACAACGCUGCCUCCGGGAAGCACAAUCCAUUUUGCAGAGCGUGGUGCCUCAGGAGUCGGCAAGCACGCGCGCGCGCGCUCACACUCACACUCACACUCCCUCUCUCUUUCUCUCUCUCUCACACACACACCGGUGGGAGAAGAAGCGGGGAAGGGCGCAGAGGAUUCCCUUACUGCGCACAGCCGGCUUGCUACCGAUCGCCUCCUUUUUAGUUAUUUUUGCUCAUUUGGGAGAGUGCUGUCCUUCCCACGAAAACAGGCAAGCAAACCCAGCGCGCAACUCUUCAUUGCCCUCAAGGCGAUUCCCCCCCCCCCCUUUUUUUGGCAACCCGAGAGCCAGGUUUGCACUAACAACGGGAGAACGGUGGAGAGCGAGAGAGAGAGCGAGCCAGCAUGGAUAACAAUUCCGGUGGCGUGAUCCUGUAUGUGGGUUCAACAGCUGGCUCCAGUCCCACUCCCGGCAGCCCUCCCAGUGGAUACCUGGUGUCUUCACCCCAACACUCACUGCCUUCCUCACUGGAAGAGCUGACCCUUACCGAGAUUGGAGCCAUCAAGCCACAGCAGGCCAGCUCCCCCUCUUCACCCAAGGUAGCCUUCCAGUUUCCUGAAGGGAUCUGCUACCCCAGCAAGGGCCAGUUACCCCCAACACCAAGUAAGGUGCCUGCUGCCAAGCAGAGUGGAGCCACCAGCACUUUCACAAAGACUGGUGGGAUGGUGUUGCUUUGCAAGGUUUGUGGUGACAUUGCUUCAGGCUUCCACUACGGGGUUCAUGCUUGUGAAGGAUGUAAGGGUUUUUUCCGCCGGAGCAUCCAGCAGAACAUCAAUUACAAGAUGUGCGUGAAGAAUGAAAACUGCAUGAUCAUGCGCAUGAAUCGCAACCGCUGCCAGCAUUGCCGCUUCAAGAAGUGCCUGGCAGUGGGGAUGUCAAGAGAUGCUGUGCGUUUUGGGCGCAUCCCGAAGCGAGAGAAGCAGCGCCUGUUGGAUGAGAUGCAAAGCUACAUGAACAGCCUGAAUGAGGUCCCCAUGGAUGUGGGCCUGAGCUCUGAGGCAGAUGCUCCGCCCAGCCCUAAUAUCCAGGAAGAGGAGGCAAUAAGUGCCAUCUCCAGGGCUUACCAUGACAUUUUUGUAAGCGGGCAAGACCGACUGGGCAGGCGUAGUAGCUCCCCAGGGGCUGAGGCCGCCCCUUUGACCAACUACAAUGAACAGCAACAGCUGAACCGUUCCUUGGGUUAUGGGCAAUACGAAUCGGCCACUCUUCGCCUCUCCAGCUACAGCCCUCAAGAGCCACCCAGUUAUGUUGACAACAGUCCCCGGUGCUUUGGCAAUGAGAUCUUCCAGGCCCAGCAGGCCAGCUAUCUGCAAAAUGCGGGAUGCUACCCACCCUUUGAUUUGGGUUAUCCUGAGGGAAAUGCCCAGAGGAGCUGUCCGUGGCGGGGAACCACCAGAAGGGGCAUUGCUUGUCCUCUGAAUGCCACCCCCUAUUGCGGUAAUGGCAAGAGCAGCCAGCAAGUGUGGGAAGAGUUCUCACAGUGCUUCACACCAGCUGUCAAGGAGGUGGUCGAGUUUGCCAAGAGCAUCCCAGGCUUCCAGUCGCUCUGCCAGCAGGAUCAAGUCAUGCUCCUCAAAGCAGGCACUUUCCAGGUGCUGAUGGUGCGCUUCUCCACCCUCUUCAGUCCCAAGGAGAAGAAAGUCACAUUUCUGAGCGGGGAGACAUAUUCACUCUGCAGUCUACGUUCCAUGGGCAUGGGCUCUCUGCUGGAUGCCAUGUUUGAGUUCAGCGAGAAGCUCAGUUCCUUGGGCUUAGAUGCCCAGGAGAUGGCCCUCUUCAUGGCUGUGGUCCUUGUCUCAGCAGAUCGCUCUGGGAUCUCCGAUGUGGAUGCUGUUGAAAUUCUUCAGGAGACUUUAAUACGGGCCUUGAGAACUCUAGUAACCAAGAAGCAUCCAGAUGACUCCACACUUUUCCCCAAGCUACUUCUUCGUCUCCCUGACUUGAGAACUCUGAACAACCAGCAUUCAGAGAAACUUCUUGCCUUCCGGAUCAACCCUUAAUUCCAGCACAUCAAUCUCAUAAGCCCUAAGACUUUAGGAAAGAAGAAAUCUACCAUCAAGUAAAUUCACUGCAGCGGACUAAAUGUUGCUCUUUGGGAAAUGACCAUACUGAUGAAAGAAGACCUGUGGAAAGGAUACGACAAAGGCAGGAAGCUCACGGCCCCUUGCAGCUUGGAUCUGUUGGAGUAGAUCCCUCCCCAGUGAGGAGAUGGGAUACAGGCAGAAGGAUGCAUUUCCCGGAUAGCGCUCUCCACAGCACAAUGCAGACUGAAGAUCAUUUAUGUGCCAAGAGAGAUCAGGCAAAUGAACUGGACACAUGUGUUGUUUCUAAAUGGGUGUGGGUGUGUAUACACACGCAUGCAUAUAUUCACACAUAUAUUUCCAUGUGAUGUUGUUUUGAGGCUCUACCCUGUAUAUAAAAGCACCAAGUCUAUUGUACAUAACAGUAAUCAUUGGUACCUCUUGAGGAUGGGCCGAUGUAGGACACCUGGUAAGGCAGUCACUCCAAAUCUAGCUUCCUUAAUCUGCAUGCUUCCGCAGCCCCAAGUCUCAGGCUUUUUUCUUUUCUUUUGUUAGCCUCUGUUCCCUUGCUGCUGUUCUCAAAAAGUGUGUCUGUAUGUACACACACACACACACACACAUGAAAGUUUUUACUGAGUAGCUGGUAUCAUCAGAUAGAAAAUAGGGCUGCUCAAGUUUUCCACCUCCACCCUAUCUCAUCUUGGCAACUGAUCAAGUGAAAUCCCAAUUCUCUUUCAUCUUGUCAGGUAUGGGUGUCUAGGUAAUACAUAUUUCAUAAAGAUCUCAAAAAUGCAAAGGGGCUUCCACUGGUUCAUGACAGAGUUGCACUCCAUUCUCUGAUGCGGCUACAGCAAACGAAGGAGGCUGUAGGCGGGGAAAAGCUGUGGAGACACUGUCAGUUGACUAGAAGCCUAGUUUCUCAGCAAGUUAGAGGAAAGGGGCUUGAUUGCAGUUGAAUGAUUCAAGAGAGCUAUUGGAAGUGAGAAAGGAGAUUUGGAUUCGCUGGUGUUCCAUCCCUAGUAAGGUUCAGCCAUUAGGAAGAAAGGGCCAAGCAAAGCAAACACUCCGAAGACCUUUCUGCUCAGCUUUUCUGAUUAUUUCUGAGCUUUGGUGCUUUUCUAUCCAUUCCCCCCCAAAGGGUGAAGUUUGGGAUACUUUAUCCUAGAAAAUUCUAACCCUGGGCCUCUCAUUCUGACCUCCAAAUCCCAUACCUUUUUAAGGAUGGGGCCAAGAAUCCCAAGCACUCUCCAAGCUGCCUUUGUUAUAUACUCAGCACCAUCUUUGAUUAUAGAUUUCCCAUGUAAUCCCAAUUUUUUUUGGCUAAUCGAUAUAAUGAUCAGUAGACUGCCUUCCUUGGGGAGUAGUGUGUUCUCUGCACUUUAUAUUACUUUUUUAAGCAACCAGAUUCUGUGCCAAGAAAUGUGUAAAUUAUGACCUGAGUAAAUUAUUCAAAUAGAUGCCAUAUUUGUUUAUUUUGCAUAAUGUAUUCUGCUUCCACUAGUCAUGGACAGUGAUGGUGAAGGAGGCACUGGAAGUUAUGCUGAAUACUGAAGUUUUACCCUCUGAUCUCUAGAAAUUCUGUUAAUGGUUUUUCUGGAUUUCUGAGACUGUACAUCACAAUGGCACAUCAAUAUGUCAAGCAAUAUGUAUAUGGUUUGGAGCACCAAAGGGUCACAGAAGUGUGUACAUUAAAUUGCACUCUUUUUUUAUUUAUGUCUGCUUGUGACACAGCACUGGCGAAAUGGCUCUGAUGUGUAUUUGGGGCUUGGAUUUUGCUGAAGCCCAACCUUGAAAUAUUAGAAAAUGUAUUUUUCCAUUACAGAUAGAAACACAGUGAAAGCUGAGAUGGGCAGGAUGCUAACUAUUGUAACAUACCAAAUUCUAUACUCAAAACGAGAUGGAACUGCAGACACAUGGAUUUAAUACAGUUGAGCACUCUAGGUCAGUGUUUCUCAACCUUGGCAGCUUGAAGAUGUGUGGACUUCAACUCCCAGAAUCCCCCAGCCAACUAUGCUAUGCUAGUUGUCUGGGGAAUUCUGGGAGUUGAAGUCCACACAUCUUCAAGUUGCCAAGGUUGAGAAACACUGCUCUUGGUCUUGAGAACCUAGGAACUAUUUUUCCUCAUAUCAAACUCUAGAUUUAAAAGAAGAAGCUAACCCAUUGGGAUAUUUUUUAAAGACUUGGAGAUGACCAAAAAGGGAUCCUGAGCUCCCUCUUCUCUCCAGUAGGAUCUCCCAGUGCCCCUGCCUGGUUGUGGUCAGCCCUGCCUGGUUCUCUACAUUGAUGUAUGACAGGUUUCCCAUCCCAUUUACAGGAGUUCUCAUAGCAUGUUUGGAUCACCCUCCUGUUGCAUGAUGUGGGGAAUAUUUGGUGUUCUUUGCAGGGUGGGAGGGACACUUGCUGCUGCUGUUCAACACUGCUUUGAAGUGAAACCAAACAUUGCACUUUUCUUAGAAAUGUAUGUAGGAACAAAGAGUCCCCUCCCUCAAUUGAAGUAUAUUUGCUGCAAUGGGAAAAUGGAGAGGGGUUUAUUUGCUGCUGCUGCUGCUACUACUGCUGGGAGUCCAAAAGACUCAUAAAAGUUGCUGACAAGGCAGAGAGAAAGAGAAUUUAUUUUUUGUCUAAAAUUGAAGUGCAAUAAAUACAUUAAAAGAUAAAUAAAAUAAAUAUUUGCUAACA